GCAAGUCGAUCCAGACGGAAGCUUAGCGGGGCUCUGAAAAGUGCACGGUCCAAUUCAACUUUCAGCUGCGUUUUAGCAACUUUCAAAAAAAGAUCGCCGUUAUCAAAGGUUUUAACAAUAAUUCCUUCUGUCCGCCCUCAGCGCACCUAGGUACUAAAGCCGCGCUCUACCUUUCGCCAUGAGCAAGGAUAAAGUGCCGUCGGUCGGCACUCUCGACAGGCCCGAGGACCUCAAAGACUUACUGAAACAGGAUCGGGGCGAAGACUGCCUCCCUUGCAGAGUCGUAGGAGGCGGUGCGUUUAUCGGCCUAGCGGCUUAUAGCUACUUUUCCGGCCAGCGAGAACUCGAGAAGAACCGCGCGCAGAUCAUAGCGAGGAAAUCCGUGUUCGGUAUGCGCAGUCGGAGAUUCGGUAUCGCGGCUACGUCGUUGGGGUUGGCUUGGCUGGGCGUCUGGAGGUUGUUCUUAUAGGGGGGGAGGGUAUGAUGAUGGGUUAAGAUGUUGUGUGUAGGUAGUCCACGGGACGGGAGAUACCAGGACGGAAACCAAAUCACUCUACUCUUACAUAUACGGCACGACUUCACGAUAGGAGAUCAGCGUAGCGACCUUCUUGUUCGCGCUAGCCCUACGGCUUACUACUGGAAAGGUCGAGCCGAUGUAGUGCUACCGGAGGGGGGGAUGUUAAUGACAGUCUGUUGCACGAUGCGAGUCGCGGCAUGAUCUUGGGCGCGAAUAUCAUCAUAGAUAGAUUCCCAGCCAACUCAUUGUAUUAUGAAAAAAAUGCGGGCUGUGCCAUAGGCACGAAUGUCGUAUUAGAGGAUUUGUGUCGCAUACGAGUCGACUCGUCAUUGGAAUCUAAUACUUUGAGACAACUCAAGUUGGUAGCUUCGUGGAUAUGAUAGUAGAAUAUCACAUAUCGCUAUAAGCUAAAUGUACAUAAUGGCUAUGUACCUCCCAAUCGAUCCUGACUACAUUAGAUUCUCGCAGGAUCUCGUUGCACGCGCUUUUCGAAAUACUUGAAAUAUCUACGCAUUUUCCAUGUGGUUCGCGAUGUUGGCGCAGGCUGGCGUCGCUCCCUACCGUCUCCUUAGGUAUCUUUUAUAAAUUUGCUAAAUUUUAUGGUUGAUAGGUUGUAUGGGAUAGAUGAUGAAA